GAAGAAGGAGACACGGACAGCAAAGGAAGAGAAGAUGACUAAUGACUCAUAAAAAACAAAUGUAGGAAAGGCAAGGAGAAAUCAGAGAACAAGAAUAAGAGUGUCGGUAUUCAGCAGAGGAGGACGAGAGGGAAGAAGCAAUAAAGGGAAAAUGUGGAGAAAGGAGUGGUUGACAAAGGACAAGCAUGAUGUGGACUGUGUCAGUAUUGCUCAAGGUGAGGUGUGUCUUCAGUACAAAGUGAACAGAUUCCAUGAUGGACAGGUGCGGAGGUAGAAUAGAAGAGUUGUAUUGUUUAGCUGCUCACUAAGUAAACAUUCCGUGACCUGAAGAAGUCAUAGUAAGUCAUUGUGUGGAGGGCUGAGUACCACAGACUGUGCAGGUUGUCGCGUGUUGCCUGCCGCAGCGUUGUUUGAGAGGUGUGUGCCCGGGGAGGAGGGGGUCGGUGUGGCUGGACACUUGAUCGGGUCAGGAGGUAAUGGGCCCGCAUUGGGGUACACCAUAACUCAGGAUGCGUACCUGGUGGAGUUUUUUGUUUGCGGGUCCUGACGGGACAGGGGGGCGGAGACCCUAUUAGCGGGGGAAUGGUGAUUGGUUUCCUCUCCCCCUGGUUAGACCUACAAUCUGGUUUGGGAAAGUCCAGGGUCGGGUGGGCAGAACGAGGAAGAACUUCGGUGCCGGAAGACACGAGUGUGCUCGGGGCUCUGCUGUUGAUGCAUUUCCUCGGAGUGGUGUGUGGUACGGGUCUGGGCAGAAGUUUCGUUCUCCCCUGCGUUUUCUGCGUGCGGCAGAAUCAACGCGUCACGAGCCGAUUGGGCUCAAACACCCGCUCACUAAACCUAGUGGGGCGAAGAAUCAAACAGACGGACGGAGGACUAAAGGACUACCGUCGGCCAGCCAACCACAGGUACCUGCGUGCAAACAGACCUGCGCCGAGGUAUCAGCGGACUGUCAGUGAGACCAAGAUAUUCAAGCCGCGAGGACUGUGUGCUUGACAAUACACGACGGCGUGACGCCGCGGUCUACCAGUGGUAGUGAGAAGUAAUUGUGUUUCAGGCAGUGGCCGGGAGGGGGAGUUGGUGGGUGCGCUGUGGGGGAAGUUUGUGUCGCGUCCGAGCACGCGGACACCAUCAGUGGAGGGGCGUGGCUAAACGCUCAGUUGUGUGCGCUAGGGGUGGGAUUUCCCACUGUGGGGUUCUCUUUUUCUUUUUCUUUGUUGUUGUUGUUUUUUUUUUUUUGUUUUAUAUACGUGUAUUUUUCCUUUUUUGUUGGGUUGGUGGUUGAAUUCUGCGGCCACCAAUAAACUUUAGUCUUGUAGUGUAACUUCGUGUACGUGUUUUAUGUUCACUGAGGAGUGAUUGGCUUUGUUGCUCGCGCCGGGCGUUGGAUUGUUUGUCAGUGCGAUUGUGAGUGCGUCUGUGAGAGAGCGAGGCUUGCGGCGCCCGACCGCGUUUACGCGACAAAAUGGUGGAGAUGCGGGGUAGUUAACCCACUACCCUAGUCCUCACUUCUCAGUGCUGUCUUGUCCUAUGUUUGUGUCGUGAUGUUUUGUGCGUGUGCUAGAAGAACUGUAAGCUGAGCUUGAUUAUUAUUUUUUUUUUUUUGUACACUGCGAGCGGCUGGCUAGCGUAAGCUUGGUCGGGGCGGCUGGGGGCCGUGGAGCAGGAAGAUCUACUUACUCGUCGUGUUACGUGGCGCAGCUCUGUCGCCAGCACUGCAGGGAGGCGGGGGCCUUGCCCGUAGGUUCAGGUGUUCCCUGCUUAUUGUGGUCAGCUCUGUGUGGUUCUGGUUUCCCUUUUAUUUAUCUAUUUUAUUUUUCUUGUUGUUGAGAUUAUUAGACUCCCACCGGUCCUCCAAUGUCGCGGUCGGAUUCCCCCGUGUCAGCGCACACGCGAGCGCGUGCGAGUGGGUCGGCAGUGGCCGGAAGCGAUUCCGAAAGUGAGCGGCAGAUGGUCGACACUUCGGACAGGGAACGGGUGACAGCUUUUCCUCAGGGGGUUCAGGAAUCCGCCGUCGAGAGGUACGUCCGGGUGGGUCGAGAGAUAGGCCUCAGUGGCAAGGACCUCCUGGACUUUGCCAGAGAGGAGAGAGAAAGGGAAAGGAGGGAAGAGAGAGAAGAGAGAGAGAGGAGAGAGAAAGAGAGAGGGAGGAGAGAGAGACAGGCAAGAAAGAAUCCGGAGGGACGAGCGGAACCACGAGCUGGAGAUGGCCAGGUUCCAGGGUGAGGGCGCAGGGCAGCAGAGAGCGGCGGCCGAAGGUGAGGCGAUCAAACUGAAAAUGCCAUUCUUUGAUGAUGGCGAGGACCUGGAGGCCUACCUGCGUCAUUUUGAGCGCUGCGCUAGAACGCAGAAUUGGAGCGCGGACUCGUGGGCGGUGAGGCUCGGCGCCCUGCUCAAGGGGAAGGGGGCGACGUCUAUGUGAGCCUCAGCGACGAGGACGCAGAGGAUUAUGGCAAGCUGAAGAACGCACUGCUCGUCAGCUUCCAGCUCACGGCAGACACGUACCGGAAGAGGUUCCGGGCUGCCAGACGAGAGGGCGGGGAGACUUACUUACAGUACGUGACUCGUAUGAGGACGUACCUGAGCAGGUGGUUGGAGCUGGCAGGCAAGUCAUCCACGUUCGAGGGCUUGCAGGACCUGAUCCUCAUGGAGCAGCUGCUCGACGGCCUGUCUGUAGAGACGGCCACUUUCGUCCGCGAGCGCGCGCCUGGGAGCGUAGGGGAGGCAGCAACGCUGGCACAGCAGUUCUUCGAGGCCCGGCGUCAGGUUAGGCACCCCAUCGCACCACAGCUAUCGGUGCGGCCCAGCGGUCCGAGGGAGAGGGCAGCGCCAGCCCAGGCACCCGGCCGGAGCCAGGGUAGGCAGCAGUGCUUCCACUGCGGCCAGGACGGCCACACCAGAAGGGACUGUCCCAGGGAGAGGGAAACCCGCCCAAGGGCGGGCGAACCGCCCACCGCCAGGGUGGCUACCAUCAGGACAGUCAACGCCACCGGCGGGCAGAGGUCGCCCCUAUGCUCAGAGUGUGCAGAAAAAGUGAUGACGUCCAGCUUUCGGAAAGCCGUGUGGGUCAACGACAUCCCAGCCACUGCGCUUCGGGACACAGGGGCAGACCUGCUGUGCAUCAGGAGCGACCUCGUCCCUAACCCGCGUCUCACUGGAUCCAGUAGGUGGAUACGAUACGCGAAUUCCGGGUUGACGCGCGCACCGCUUGCUAUAAUCCAAUUGGAAUCUCCGUACUAUCGCGGGAAGGCGGAAGCAGCUCUCAUUCCCAAGCUCGUGGAAGAGGUGAUCAUCGGCAACACGCUGAGGACGGAGCUAGGUGUGGAGCUGCAAGUGCCUGUGUACGGGGAGUCGCCGGGGACCUGUGCACCAGUCCAGACUAGAGCCCAGCGAGCGAGGGAAGAUGAUGUGGGCGUACCGGUGAAGGGUGUAGUGGAGAUGCUUGGGGUGGGGCCAGAGGAGAUAGCGCGAAUGCAGGAACAAGACGAGAGUCUGCAGCGCAUCCGGCGCCUGGCGGGCGAGCGGCAACCACCGUCGCGGCACGGCACGGGGAGUGUUUCGUUCGUACAGAGGAAAGGGCUGCUGUGGCGUAUAUACGCGCAGAGGAAGGGGGCUGAAUUUAAGCAACUCGUCGUUCCCCAACCUCUGAGACGUGAAGUGCUGCGGGUGGCCCACGACAAGCCCAUGGCGGGCCACCUGGGGGCGCGGAGGACGCGCGAUAGAAUAUGGUGUGAAUUUUACUGGCCCGGCAUGUGUAAGGAGAUCGGGCGCUACUGCGCGUCGUGCGACACGUGCCAGCGUACGACGCCCAGGGGAAACCUGAGAAAAGUGCCACUGGGCAAGAUGCCCAUCGUCGACCAGCCGUUUAAGAAGGUGGGAAUCGACCUGAUAGGUGACGCCGCGGUCUACCAGUGGUAGUGAGAAGUAAUUGUGUUUCAGGCAGUGGCCGGGAGGGGGAGUUGGUGGGUGCGCUGUGGGGGAAGUUUGUGUCGCGUCCGAGCACGCGGACACCAUCAGUGGAGGGGCGUGGCUAAACGCUCAGUUGUGUGCGCUAGGGGUGGGAUUUCCCACUGUGGGGUUCUCUUUUUCUUUUUCUUUGUUGUUGUUUUUUUUUUUUUGUUUUAUAUACGUGUAUUUUUCCUUUUUUGUUGGGUUGGUGGUUGCAUUCUGCGGCCGCCAAUAAACUUUAGUCUUGUAGUGUAACUUCGUGUACGUGUUUUAUGUUCACUGAGGAGUGAUUGGCUUUGUUGCUCGCGCCGGGCGUUGGAUUGUUUGUCAGUGCGAUUGUGAGUGCGUCUGUGAGAGAGCGAGGCUUGCGGCGCCCGACCGCGUUUACGCGACACAGGUAGCAAUUGAUAUUAGCACUGGUUGAUACCUUUGUUAUUUAUUUCUCUAUGCUCGUUCACCUGCAAAUGGUUGAACAUCAUUUCAGAUCAGUACACCCAAGGAAACAAGUUUAUUUGAGGACGAUUGAGCUAUUCUUCCAUUUGUGACUUGUAUUCAGUCGUAAUGAAAGUGGAAGUGUGUAGUAAACACAGGAAUUUAUCUCUGUAUAUGUGGUGUAGUACAUUGACACUCACUGCAGUAGUAACUAGAUAGUCGUGGGUUCUACUGUCAUUUUAACUUCACACUUUCUUCCUAAUGAAAGCAAACAACUAUCAAAAGUUAAUUAGCACACAAGUGAUUUUAUAAUCCCUGCAAUUUCACAUAGUUUGUUUUGUCCUAACUAAAUGUAUUAAGUAUUUCUUUUGCAUUCACAAAUGUUUGUAGAUUAUGGCGCGUUAAGAAUGCUCUCAAAAUGUUUUUCGUAGUAUUUAUGUAGGUCUCUAUAAAUGGUAAAAAUAUAAAGAGACUAAAUAUUUCAACAUUGUUCCCAUUUUUACGGGGUUUCUGUUGAUUGUGUUGACAAAGCGUGCUAUUAAUAGAACACAGCGUGGGACACGUGAAGCAGACUUUAGCAGUUGUAGAGUGCACAGUCACCUUUGAAUUCUAAGAUAAUGUUAGUAUACCAGUAUUUCAAGGCUUUUUC